GCGCAGAGUUCGAGGACGUACGCUACUUAGAGAUUUAUACGACUUAGAUCCUGUUGAGCGUGUUAAAGUAAGUAGAAAUACUCAUGGUCAGCCUAUUGGAUCUGAAGCUCGACUUUUAGCAGGCUAUUUGGGCAUUUUAGCACGAAAUGCAAAUAUGUUGCCCAUCAACUACGAAUCAUGGCAUCACAUGCCUGAUAGCAACAAAAAUCAGGCUCUCGCUAAUAUUAAGGAGAGAUUUGCUUUAGAAGUCUCCGAUGAUUAUAUCAAGAAGGCAUUAGGUAAAAGAUGGAGAGACAAUAAAAGCACUUUAAAGAAACAAUAUUUUAAGAAAGACAUAAGCCUCGAGGAAAAACUGAGAAAUGUUCCGCCAGGAAUGCUGAGGUAUCAAUGGGAAGAUGCGGUUAGAUUUUGGAAUUCAAAGAAAGGAGAGGACCGUGAGCGAGUUGGAACAAGCAACAGGCAAAAACAAAAUUCACGCAUUGCAGAGGUCGAGAACUGCUCAACAACCUCUACCCCACCUAUUCCUCAACAAGUUCCAGUUGUGCCACAAGUGAUAGAUCCGAUUCGAUUAAGUAAGCCACAUGUUGAUAAGAUACGUAAACACGAGGCUGAAGAGUUUCGGGCUACAGUUGAUGAUGAUGUAGAGAGGGCUGAGUUCUAG